UGUUUAUUUCUAGGCCUUCAUUUACAUUUUGUUGUGGCUGUUACGACAACCGUUUGUAUGGAGGAAAAUCCUCCAGUACUGUAAUCUUGUACAUGUUGUAGCUAGGAAGCAUAUUAUUGGCAUUCUGAGCCAUGCAUAGUUACAUAUUUCACAAUGCUCCAUGCAAAUCAGCCCCAUUUUAUACAGAUAAUAACUGCAGAGGAAGGACACCAAGAUGAGAAGGCAUUGAUCAGGACUGGACACUGGAAAUACAAUCAGGAAUAAUGAGAUUAUUGCACACACAGACUGUCUUCCCCUCCUUUUUAUUAUAAGAGGCAUGUUGGUAUUGAUUUAAUUGUAUCUAUCUGUCAUCUGGCAGCCACGGUCAUUGUCGGGGACAGGCUACUUAGUUGCCGCUGAUCCCCUUGUUUGUAUUGAUAGGUUUCCUCCGUCAGAUAGCAUCUCUGAUCAGCGUCGACCACCGUGUACACAAAUUAUGCCGUUAUAUGUCGUUUGUCAGCAUUCUUGUGUCUGUGAUCAUGUGACUGACCAAUUUCAUCUGCAGAUUUUAACGCUCCCUGUGAGUACGUUUGAAAUGAUGUCGUUGAGAUAAUGGACUAAAGAUGUCAAGGAUUAACAGCUUACUCCCCCCACUCUCUGUAUUAGCCCUCUUCUUGCCAGUAUGCUUGUCUGUUCAAAAAGCAGUUACCAUAGAGGACCCCUGUACUGACGACCAUAAAUACACGCUGGGACGCGAUGGACUAAUCGUGAUAAAGGCGGAUGGAAACAAGUUUUUCACUGGCUCCUGUGUUGUGACUUUACGCGCGGAGGACCCACGGUAUCAGUGCUCCAAACUCUGCUUUACCGUGGACUCCUUUAAGUUUCAGGUCUGCAAUCUAAGACUUGCCUUUUACGAUACCGGUGUAUGGAAUUAUGGGUCAGCAGCACCAUCCUGGGUUGGGGAAUGUGGUGCAAAUCGGAAUCUCCAGAACAAGAAGUGGUGCAGCAGUGGUAGCACCACCACAAUACGGUUAGAGAACCUGAAGGGGAUAGCCACCUCCAUGGUACAAAAGUACUCAUUCUAUAUGACCGCUGUCUCCAUCUGUUCUGAAGACGCCAGGAUUCCCCAAGAGCAAGUGGCAGAUUCAGCCUUUGGUGGCAGUAUGAGUGUGACUGUCAUUAUAAUCAUCGCUGUCCUCGGAUGUGUCACCAUAUGUACCUGUGUCGUCGUCAUAUUCCUGGUAUGGUACGUCAAACGGCACUCGGCUGUAGAACGACAGAGAGACCGCAAUUACCACAACCAAACACUGCACAUCUCCCCAUCAGGGUCAGACAAUUAUCAUCCAGUACAAGCCACUGACAAUGGCUGCCAUAGUGAGCAAGAGACCUUUGGAUUGAUGAAAGAAUCCACACAAAAUGACAGAAUCUGGCAGGAGCCCAGUGCCCCACCCCCAGAGGCAGAAGUCACCGACCCCGAGGAUCAAAGGCCCCCCAGUUACUGCAGCACUCCCCCAGAAUACAGGCCUUUUAUUCCUAACUGUGAACAACCUUCUUCUGAAGAAAAGGUGUGAAAUCAAAGAACUUGGAUCAAUGUAUCUCAUUGUUGCCCCAACUUUGAAUUUUGUACAGUAGUAGUUAAGGUUGUCUUUGUCCAAAAUUUCUAUAAGGGAGUUACUGUUUAAUUGUUGUCUUAGCAAGUACUUUAUGUGUUUAUUUUUGGGAAAUGUUUUGUAAAUGAUGCAUGGGUAAAAUCUACAUGAAAAAAAUAUUUGGGUUUCUUAAAAGAAAAUUUUGAUAGCAUUGUAGCAGAGAUUAACAUAUAUUUUAUCCAUAACCAUAACAUCUGAGGCUAAGUCCUAUUGUAACAACUUAAAUCUAUCACAGAGUUCGCACAAAUCAUUAAAAAAAACUUCGAUUUUAAGCAGUCCUUAAGAAGGACUAAAAAAUGCCCAAAAGAAAACCCAGCAAAACAUUGCGAAAAAGUGCAUGAUCAAGUUUUCAUGUAUUAAAAGUGCUUGGAUUCUUUUCUUUGGUGCUUGAAAUAUUAUUGUGUGCUACAUACUAGAAAUCAUUUUAUUCUUCUUUUACAUACUUUUUUAGCACAAAAAAGUUUGAAAGUGCUUGAAAUAAUACUGUACAUGUCUGCUUUUGGUCUAUCAGUCAUCUCAGUACUUUGAUUAGAGGUAGUGGUGUGUACAAAAUCAUUCUGAAAGGGUGAUUAUUUUUAUUUUUACAUGCCUUUUGAAUAAAGCAGGUAGAUUUUUGCACUUGCAAGUCAGUUGAUUAUCAGUUGUCAAUGUAACACAUAAUACCCAGGACAUGUAGUAGAUGAUCCCUACUGAUUUUCAUAUUGAGGUCUUUUGUAUCCAAAGAUAAAAAUAUACAUGGGAAACCCAUUGCUUCUUCACGCAUUAUCAUGUGGAAAAUGUGACCCUUUUCAACAUUGUAACAUGGUAGGGCAUAUCUGUUUAUACUAAACUCUUUUUUAUUUUAUCUAGAAUGAAUUGUCGGAGCUUAAAGCUGCAAUAUGAUAACUCAUGUCUUGUAUGGACAGUUUUUCAGAAAAUAAAUUCAUAGAAUUAAUGUAUACAUGAUUAUUUAUUUGAAAAUAAUGACACCAUAAAAUAGUACUGGACGCUAAAGGUCCAUGGUCAAACAGGUUAACAUGUACGUCAUUUUAUACAUAGUAUGUAUACAUCAUUGAAUACUUACAGGUGUGCCCGUGUAUGAUAGAGCACUUUACAAGUGUUGGAAGGUAAUUAUAAAUACCAUCUAGUUGUUUAUGGAGUUGGCAUUUGUUGCUGUUUUAUUGUUGAAAGGAAAAACAUGACUUUGUAUGAAACAGUAACUCCCAAUUGUACUACUACAAUGUACUUUGUGUAUACUGUACUCCAUCGAAAACAAAGUGCUUGUCAUUCAAUACAUAUACAUGUAUAAGUUUAUCUGUCACCAUGUGUGAUAUAGCACAUUAGAAAUAGUAUGAGGCAUUUAUUAAUGCCACCUAGAUGUUCAGAUUGUUGAUUUAGAAGAAAAGUCAUGCAGUGGUGUUAACUACAUUGUACAUAGUUGUGCCAUAAACAUAUUUUUUUUUUAAUUUACAUAAUUAUCCUCUUAAGAAUAUUUGUUUUGUACAUGUAUACAUAUUUUUUUUUACAACAUUUAUUCUAUUUCUCUCUGGUUUUUGAACUAGUGGUUAAUUUUUUUCUUUUAUUGCAUUAUUUUGUAUUUGAUGUAUUUGCUUUAAACAUGGAAGAAUACCUUGUAUUUUAUUUUGUUCAGAGAAUGUUGAGGUAUUUACAUACCAGAUAUUGCUGAUCUUACUAACAGUUCAGUAAGUGUGAUUAUUAUACAUGUAGUAGAUCAAUGAAAGAUUCACAGGGGGAGGUUAUAUGACAUUCACUGGCUAAGCACAUAAAAAAGGUGCUAAGAUGAAGAUCAUGCUUCAUAAUUCAAUUGCAAAGUCAUGAUUUUAAAUUUGUUGCUAUUUGAAAUUUUCAUAUGUCAUUGAAUAAAGUAAUGAAAUGACUUCAUUACCAGUACUUAAUCCCAGAGAAAGCUGUCUCCAUUUAGUAACAAUUUACACAGGAUGCAAUUAGCAUAUAACUUAUUAUGCCCCCCUUCAAAGAAGGUAGGGCAUAAUGCUUUGCAGCUGUCUGUCAGUCGGCCGGUCAACAACAUUUUCCGUUCAUUUCUUCGCAGAGAAUGAACAUAUUGAAAUGAAAUUUGGUAUACAGGUUUAUCAUGAUAAUAUCUAGGUCAAGUUCAAUUUUGGGUACUCCAAUCCAGCAAUUUUUUCUUUGUUGCUGUCAAUGAAUAUACUAGUCAACGCCAAUCUACUGUAUCUGACCAAUCCCAAAUUACUGUCGACUCCCAAUUAAACGCGAGGAAUCAUUAUCCGCAUAAAAAUCAAGAAGCACUCUUUGUGGAUUUUAAAAUCUCUCCAUUAUAUUCUAAGAGUUAAGAACUAUAUGAAAUAAGGAGAAAAGAUUGAUGUUCACGAUUUUAUAUUCUUGCAGUUUGCUACAAAACAGCGGGAUCGUGGAAUUAAGUACUCGUGCAAUAUAAGGAAUUUACAGUAGGGAUGCAAUGAGAUCAAAAGAUUGGUGUCUUACAAAAGCUUAAGAUUUUCUAGUCUGUAAAGAAGCAUUAUUAGUAUAUAAAGUAUUAAAUGUAAAUUACAACAGGUAAAGGCAUAGAACACAAAAUUUUGUAUAACCCUGGAAUUUUUAAUGUGCCAUUCACAAACACAACUGCCAGUAUAUUCUGUCAAGUUACAUAUUUAUAGUCAUAAUUUAGUAGCAGUUUAAUCCAAAGAAUUGAGUGUGUAUAAAUCUGAGCUUUGUGUGGUCAUAAUUUAACUACAGCAAAAUGAUUGCAGAUAGAUAUGAUUAAAUGUUUGGUUAUCACCUCAGGUUAAUGUGCACUGUUUACAAACAGUGAAAACUGCUGCCUGCACUGUCAGCCUUACGGGCAAUUGGUAAUGCACCAUGCAAAUGGUAUAACAUCUCUGUAUCAAUGGUACUGUACCAUGUAUGCUGUGCUGUAUCACUUUCAGGGGCCAUAUGAUAAUGAUUUUGAUCUCCGGCCAUUUUACCAAAACAUUUAUACAGGGAGGCAACUAGAUUACAAUGUAUAGAAUGUAAUUUGUAUCUCAUUGUUAUAAAUACACCAGUAAAAGGGAAAGAAUGAAUCGUGUUUGAGAUAUGUUAACAUCAAAUACCCUCGCAUUGUAUAUGGUUAUUAUUUGUAGUUCUUUCAUGCCAUAAUUUGUAAGACUGACCAUUGUAACAAUUUGAAAAAAUGUUCAAGUGUCAUAUGUAUAUGUAUAUUUGUUUGAAAAAAAAAGUUUUCAUAAAUAUGAUGAAAUAAGACAUUUGAAUCAAGACUACUAAAUAUUGAAUAAUGUAUUAAGCUAACAAAAAAUGUUAGCAUAUUUUAUGUUUAGCGGUGUUAAAGUUUUAAUUAGGUUUUGUUGAUAUGGAGAGAUAGGACUGUUCUUUGUAAACUUGUAAAUUUAUGUUGUUGCAGGCUUCAGUCAAGAAUGAAAUCCAUUGCUGUAAAGAAUCGUACUGUCUGUAGAAUAUACUAAUCAUGUAUUACAUUUACUGUAAGUCAUUCAAUAUUAUUGUUUAUAAGCUGUAUCAUUGAUAUUUAUAUACUUAUGAACAAAUAAAUGUAUAUACUCUCUU